AUGGUCUUACCUCACGAACCAGAAUUCCAACAAGCUUACGACGAAUUAGUCUCUGCUGUCGAAGACUCUACUUUAUUCACUGAACACCCAGAAUAUAAGAAGGUUAUUCCAGUUGCUUCUAUCCCAGAAAGAAUUAUCCAAUUCAGAGUUUCUUGGGAAAACGACAAGGGUGAAAUCGAAGUUAACAACGGUUUCAGAGUUCAAUUUAACUCUGCUUUAGGUCCAUACAAGGGUGGUUUAAGAUUCCACCCAUCUGUCAACUUAUCCAUCUUAAAGUUCUUAGGUUUUGAACAAAUCUUCAAGAAUGCUUUAACUGGUUUAUCCAUGGGUGGUGGUAAAGGUGGUUCUGAUUUCAACCCAAAGGGUAGAACUGAUUCUGAAAUCAGAAGAUUCUGUGUUUCUUUCAUGAGACAAUUAGCUAGACACAUUGGUCCAGACACUGAUGUCCCAGCUGGUGAUAUCGGUGUUGGUGGUCGUGAAAUCGGUUUCCUUUAUGGUGCUUACAAACACAUGCAAAACAACUGGCACGGUGUUUUAACCGGUAAGGGUUUAACUUGGGGUGGUUCUUUAAUCAGACCAGAAGCUACUGGUUACGGUUGCGUUUACUACGUUGAAAAGAUGAUUGAAAAGGCUACUCAAGGUAAGGAAACUUUCGAAGGUAAGAGAGUUGCCAUCUCUGGUUCUGGUAAUGUUGCUCAAUACGCUGCCUUAAAGGUUAUUGAAUUAGGUGGUAUUGUUGUCUCUUUAUCUGACUCCAAGGGUGCUAUCAUCUCCAAGAAUGGUAUUACCAAGGAACAAGUUGCUGCUAUUGCCGCUGCUAAACUUAAGUUCAAAUCUUUAGAACAAAUUAUCCAAGAAUCUGCUUCUGUCUUCUCCAACGAAAACGCUGUUGAAUACUUAGCUGGUGUUAGACCAUGGACCAAGGUUGGUUCCGUUGAUGUUGCUUUACCAUCUGCUACCCAAAACGAAGUUUCUGGUGAAGAAGCUAAGGCAUUAGUUGAAGCUGGCUGUAAAUUCAUUGCCGAAGGUUCUAAUAUGGGUUCUACCAAGGAAGCUAUCGAAGUCUUUGAAGCUAACAGAGCAAACGGUGUCUGGUACGCUCCAGGUAAAGCUGCUAACUGUGGUGGUGUUGCUGUCUCUGGUUUAGAAAUGGCUCAAAACUCCCAAAGAGUUCAAUGGACUAGUGAAGAAGUUGAUGCUAAAUUAAAGGACAUUAUGUACACUUGUUUCGACAACUGUUACGAAACUGCUGUCAGAUAUUCUACUGAAAAGAAUGCUGAUGUCUUACCAUCCUUAUUAAAGGGUGCUAACAUUGCUGGUUUCAUCAAGGUUGCUGAUGCUAUGUUCGACCAAGGUGAUGUCUUCUAA